AUGGACUACUUUGUGUACGAACCAGAACUACGGCUUCUCUGCUGCCGUACAUGCCAGACCGCGGUUACACGGAAACAAAUUAAGGUACAUCUUCGUAACAGUCCGCACACUCUUAGCGGUCAGGAGAUCAGAGAGAUAGAAGCGUGGGCGUUAGGUCAUGUUAUCUUCCGUAAUCAGCAAGAGGUCCACGACGGUCUACCAUCCAGGCCAGACGACGCACCGGCCAUCGCAGCGUUAGGUCCGCCAGGUAUAGGUGGUUUCCGGUGCGAGUUCGUGGUCGAAGAUAGUAGAGACCGGCGGCGGAUCCGAGAAUAUCUCAGGGUCAAGCAUGGCUGGGACUUGGGACUCAAGGGUGGACGUCGCUCUACUACCACGGCGGAGGAGGAACGAAGUAUCAGUCCGUGGAGGACGGGCGUCCAUCACCAGCGACUAUUCACAAGCGGACUCGGGAGCGAGCUGUUCGAGGUGGCAAGGGGGCUGCGUCUUGAACAAGCAAGGGUGCAAGAGGACGAGCCCCACGUCCGACUCCAGCGGGCCAUCGAGGCGUUCCAGAACAAGGGCGACGAUAUCCGAAGUCGAGAGGCGGAGCGCAUCGACGAAGAGGACGACGUCAACGCGCCCAACCCGUGGCUUCGUCGGCUCGGCUCCGCUCUUCACUUGAAGGCGUUCAGCGGGAGAAAGGAUUUCUUAAGGGACUUGAUCGCCAUGGAAUACGACGUCGACCCCGACGACCCAGACAAGUCCGACGACGCCCAACUGCGGUUCGUGCACAUGGCAUUCGAUCGGCUGGUCGACCACGCCAAGGCCGUCAUCACCCCCAGCGUGGUCACUUGGAAUGCUCUGUUCGAAGUGAACCGUACCGAGCUGUCGAAAGAGAGGACGAAGCCGUUCCACUUCCGGUUUAAGCCCGAAACACAGAGGAGGUACGGACUCGUAGUCAAGCAGCUGCUCGCUUACUUCGUACGCUGCAUGUCUCUCGAUAACGAGGCGGAUCGACCACCGUUCAAGCUUAGCACGAGGCAGCAGACUGCGUAUAAUGCCGUGAUGGACCAUGCAGACGAUCUGGCCGAGGCUUGGAACGAGGGCGGCCGUGACCCGGACGCACCCGGUAUCGCCGGGCUUCUCGACGGGCUCGAGACGGCCGUUCUCGAGUUGUACAUCUCCGUUCUCGACCACUUCACCAAGGACUCCGAGUACGACAGCGUUCUCGUCAGCUUCUUGACCGUUCUCAGCAUACGGGCGGACGGGGCGUGGGAAGGGUACGGUGGGUUCACGCCGAAGCUCUCCGCUAUCAUGGCGAUCUCCCGGCUCUGCAUCGUCAAACAUGCGGUGGACCAGCGAGCUAAGGCGGUGAAGCAAAAGAUGCGGCAGGGCCAAAGCCAGGAGGAGGCCGAAGAUAAUAGCCCGAGCCAUUUUGCGCUUAUAUCGGAUAUGACCCGGCGGUUCAUGGUCGGCGGGGGCGAGGGCUGGGAGACGACGCCGACGCAGUUCAUCAUCCGGCUCCGUAACUUCGGCAUAGCCAUACAGAAUAAUACGGCUAUGCACGGCUCGGUAUGCUGGGAUAGGAUCGGCGGCCGAACUGGGGCUGCCGGCGAUCCCGUGGGCCGAGCUCUUGGACAACGCGGCGGACGAAACGGUCGGGCGCUCGCUCGUCGACCAGCUCUUCCAACGCGACGGGGGCGUCAGCCGAGGAUGGGUGAUCAAGAAGAUCGUACAGGACGACGGCUUACGGUCCCGGUGGGUCACGUCCACGAACGACGGCGGCUUGACGCUGCACCCCAUGCCGGCAUAUCGAUACGGGCUCCGGGUCGAGAAGGCGCUGGAGCUUCUGGCGGUUCUCGUGCACAUCAGCAGCGGGUUCCCGUUGCGGGCGUGGGAGCUUCUCGUGGUGCGGCACCGGAACACGUGUAA